AAAUUCUACUUAGUAAAGGCACUGUUGACCAGCACGUCUCAAUGCCACUGCAGGCUAUUAUAGACGGAAAAUACAUCAAAUCAAAUCAAAUCAAAAACUAAAAUCAAUCAACAGGAGCCUUCUACGGCCUGAAAGCUAUCUUAAAAGACAACUCCGACAACUUGCCGAUCACCAUCUGUAUAGACAAUCUUGCUGUUGUUCGAGGUAUUAGCGGCACCGCCCCUACCUCGUCUCAAGACUACUUCCUUAAAAUCCAGGCCUUGGGAGACAAAUAUCCGGGGCGUAUCACGGUCCGGUGGACACCCGGGCACAAGGAUAUACCUGGAAACGAAAAAGCGGACAAACUGGCAAAGGAGGGCGCAUCUCUCCCAGUCCGCAUGAUGGCCCCAUCCAUCUCGCAGACACACAGAGCAGUUCGGCAGCUCCCCCGCCAGUACUUUCUCGACUGGUGGAAUAGUAUAGAGAAAGCUACUUACCGGAGGCAAACACCAAAUAUCAAGGCUGACCUCUCAAAGCUGCCUGAGCUCGAGGUUCCUAGAAAACAACUCCGCUUCCUGCUGGCAGCACGCACCAACCAUGGCGACUUCGCUACGUACCACGAACGGUUUCACCAUCACAACACGAUACUUGAAUGUCCCUGUGGGCGAGAGAAGACCCCAACAUAUAUCUUCUACUGCCGCAAGAUCCCUCCCGCCCUUCGAGCUCGGCUGACACCCGAGCCCGAAAAGGCAAUCGCGAGGUAUCUUAGCGAACAGUACGAGGUGUUUCUUCGUAUCGCCGAGGUAUAUUUCAAUCGUAUCUGCCGCGCCUACUAGUCCUAUAGACAGCCUGCCCCCUUCGCGUCAUCGGAGGACG